AAACAAAACAAGUUUCGACUUUCGUGUUUCGCAGGAAAGUUCACUUGAACCACUACCAACAAGUUCACAUUCACUUUAUCCUUCGAAUACAUUCUACUCGAUCUACAGACUGCCACAUCAUACGAUUUCUGAACCUGGCAAUACAAUGAUCCGUGGAGUACAUAAAGUUUGUGGCCAUAAUGCCUUUAUAUUGGAGCCGUAUAUCAGCUCCCUUCAGCUGUCAACCCACUUGACUACUGCCAAGACUUACUCCACUGCCCAGAAGCUUCCCCGGCUACCCGUGCCAAAGCUGGAUGAUACUUUGAGUAAAUAUUUGAAGACUGCCAAACCACAUUUAAACAAUGAGGAGUAUGAUGUCACAUGUAAUCUUGCUAAAGACUUUGCUACUGGAGUUGGACAGGAUUUACAGACUUUGCUAGAAAAAAGAGCACAGCAGCACACAAAUUGGCUUGAGGAGUGGUGGCUUAACACAGCAUAUUUAGAGUACCGGGAUCCAGUUGUGGUGUAUUCUAGCCCUGGCCUGGUAUUUCCGUUCCGGAAGUUCAACAGUCAGCUCGACCAGUUGCAGUAUGCAGCAAAAACGUUGCUGGCUGCACUUGAUUACAAAUCCCUAAUUGACAAUGACAAAAUUCCAACUGAGAUGAUGGGCAAAAACCCAUUGGACAUGCAACAGUAUAAGAAAAUAUUUGGAACAUGUCGGAUCCCCGGUCUAAAGAGAGAUUCAUUGUCAUAUAACACUACCAGCAAACAUGUUACUAUCAUCCAUAACAACCAUAUCUUUCAUGUUGAUCUCUGGGGAGACGAUGGUAAAGUUCUUAAUGAAGAUCAAAUAGUGCAGCAGCUGCAGAAAGUAAUAGAAAUGUCCAAAGCUCCGUCGCCAGAUGGAAUUGGUAUUCUCACUUCGGAAAACCGAAAUGCUUGGGCUAAAGCUUAUGACGUACUAAUAAAAGACAAUCAAAACAAAGAAUCAUUGAAAGACGUGCAAUCAAGUCUAGUGGUACUUUGUUUGGACAAGCCUGUGGGGCUGUGGAAAGCGGCCGAUAAAAAUGGCCGCCAAAAUAUUGCUGGCGCUCAGACUAUCCACGGAGGAGGCGCGGGACUCAACGGCGGAAAUCGGUGGUUCGAUAAGACAGUGCAGUUUAUAGUCGGUGCUGACGGCGUGACAGGGCUGACUUACGAGCACUCCCCAGCCGAGGGCCAGCCUAUUGCUGUGCUAACAGACUUCCUCAUCAAUUUCAUAGAUCAGAAUAAAGCUGCAGGUAGGCCUGCAUCGACAAGCCCAAAACCCCCACAGCUGCUGAAGUUUAAUGUGAACUCAGAGGUGGCUGGCAUGAUCAAUACAGCAAAGAGCAGUUUAGACAAACUAGUAAACAAUCUUGAGCUGAACUGCUUUACGUACGAAAAAUAUGGGAAGAACUUCAUCAAGUCACAAAAACUAAGUCCAGACAGUUAUCUGCAGAUGGCGAUGCAGUAUGCAUUUUACAGAUUGCACAAAACGCCCGGCGCGCACUACGAGUCCGCAGCGACGCGGAUGUUCGCCGGCGGCCGCACCGAAACCAUCCGCUCCUGCUCAAUAGAGUCCGUCGAGUUCGCCAAGGCCAUGCUCGACUCCAAGCGCUCACCUAAGGACAAGAAGGCGGCUAUGCAGAGCGCUAUUAACGCGCACAAGAACUAUACAGUUAUGGCUCUUCAAGGGCUCGGCGUAGACCGCCACCUUCUCGGGUUGAAGUUGAUCGCACUGGAGAACGGCAUCGAUAUACACAAGCUGUACUCCGACCCGGGAUACGUAAGGAGUGCCCACAUGCGACUAUCUACCAGUCAGGUGGCAUGUAAAUGCGACGGGUUCAUGUGCUACGGCCCUCUAGUCAGCAACGGCUACGCGACGUGCUACAACCCGCGCGACAACGACGUCAACUUCGCCACGUCGGCCUUCAACGACAACCCGGAGACCAGCUGCGCCAAGUACAGGGGCGCAUUGGAACAGUCCCUCCAAGAUAUGCACGACGUGCUCCUGCUUACCACACAGGCUAAACUGUAAAAGUUUAGUUGCAUAUCGUCAGGUGACAAGCAAAAGUCACUCAUUACUAAAAAAAAAUUGAACAAAAAUCGACCUUCUUUUAGUACUAAUAUGGUUUACUAUGGCUAUGAACUUGUGGUGGCACUUAGUGACUUUCGGUUGUCACCCGACGAUAUUCUUUCUGAAAAUCUUGAGCGCAAUUUAUAAAGCUGCCAGUUACAAUUUUACAAAUAUAAUGUGGCAACACUGAUCAAAGCGCCGAUCGGUCAGGGUGUUUUCUUUUUAUCUGUCCUAUAUCUUGGACCAAUGUCAUUGCGUCUCACUAACUCAUUAAGAAAAUGUGAGACAAAAUACACAUUGGACAAAGAAAUUAUUGGACUAGUGGAAUACCACCAUCACGCGUGUGUCAAACGUAGCUGUAUGAAAUGGGGUCUAGAAUUCUAGAUUUGUUAAGUUUGGUAGAAGUACUUGAAAAAAAACUUGUGAAUGUCUUUACACAUUUUAUAUAAUAAUACUGUGAUCUUUUCCAUUAGGAAUGCAAUACAUAUGUAAUUUUGAUACUGGUGUAUUCUCUAUCCUGAUUGGUAUUUGGUAAUUGAUAAACACAUUUUUAAAAUAUGUUAUGGAAGUUUUACACAACUGCUAAUUUUAAGUAUAAAUGGAAUAUUAUACUGCCAUCAGUGCCUAUUUUAUUAUACUUAAGGUGCCAGGUAAGGUAUUAUUUUACAAUUAAGUAUUAACCAAUAGUAAGUUUAUUGUUAUUAUCUUGUAAUAUAUGUUUCUUUAUGUUAAUCUCUUACAUUUUUAAAUUAUAUAUAUACAUUUUUU